GCCCAGGUGCCCCGAUGCAAGGGGCUACCGCAGUGCGAAGCCACCACGCAAACGUGGAUUUCAGGGCUCAGACCUCGCACUGGGGCCGGGCCCUCGCACACGCAGCCACCGCAUCUGCGGCGGGGUCAGAAAGAGAUUCUGCAAAAAUGAGCCAUUCUCACCCCGCUGGGUUACUUGCAGCAUACAAUAGCCUUACCGAUAAACACCUGGUUGGAUAUUUUAAUAAUGCAAGGAUAAGGAGGCAUCUCUUAAGAUCAGGGCUGAUCACAAGAAGUGGAAGAAUACUUUCUGAAAAAGAAUAUAAGCUAAAUAUCAUGAAGCAGGAUCAUCAAAAAUAUAUCCGGGAGUGCUUAGCCCAAGCUAUUUUCCAUAAGGUCCUUGACAUGGAGCGUUACCAUCAGCUUGAGAUAAAAAAGAAACUAGAGACUUUAGCGAGAAAGGAGCAAGUUCAGCGGUUUAAGGGAGAGCACACAAGAAAAUUUAUUGAAAACAACAUGCCAAUCCUGUCUCCCCAUCCCCCAGCAGGCCCAAAGACAAGUCGUGGCCAUAGUGUUCUGAUUGAUGAAAGAUAUUCCAGUCCACUAACACCAACAGCCCCACGACCAUAUACAGCCCCGGGAAUUAUGCGGCCUCCAAUUAGAUUACAGCCUCUUCCCAGUAAUCAUGCCGGAAGAAGUGUUUCAAAGAGAACCUUGAGGUCCAGAUCAAAAACUUCUUUGUCAGAAAAUGAAGUUCCAUUUCCCAUUGGGGGCAAGAAGUCAAUGCUGAAGUUCAGGAACUCCAUGGACUUUUCACAGAGAAUUUUUCCAUAUCAGCUUCCCUACAUUGAAAAUUACCUGAGAUCUAUUCCUCCUCCAUCUCCUCCCCUAAAUGGCAAGAUCACAAGGGAAAACAGAUCUGAAACAUGGAGAAGGAGGAGAUUUCGUCCAACCACUGCUCCAACUGGCUUAGAACCUCUCUUUACCAGGGAUCCAGGAAGGAUUAAUAAAGCAUCACUGCAUAGCAAUGCACUUAUUACAAUGAUCUAUUUGGGGAAAAGCGUGCACCUUUCUUAUGGUGACACAGCUUUCCAAGAUGAAAUAAAAAUUUAUCAACAGCACUGUGGUGGAGAAAACCUUUGUGUCUACACAGGCACAGUACUCGAAAAAGAUACAUUUCAAUUUAUUUCCAAACGCCAUCAUGGCUUUCCCUUCAGCCUCACCUUUUUCCUGAAUGGGAUUCAGGUGAAUAGGUUAAGCUCCUGCUGUGAAUACAAGCACCGGAAAGGUUCAAGACUUGGAGGCAAAAGAGGCUAUUUCGGGUUUGUGUGUGUGGAGAAAGCAUCUCCUUGCUACAAGUGCAUUAUUGCAAUGGGCCUUGACAGAAAACCGCCUUUGGCAAAACCUAGGAAAGAAAAGAACAAUGAGAAAAGAGAGGGGAAACAGAGGCACGAGAGGGGGAAGGUGACAUCCAGAAGAGAUGAGAAUACGGCGAGUCAAACUUGCGUCCCAACCAUUCAUUCAGCUCAAGAGAUAAACACGGGCCUCCCAGAAGUGAGAAGUGCAAUGGAAGAGAUGGAACAAAAAUGUAGCUCAGGACAAGACGUUUGGGACGAUGACCAGGAAAAUAUCGUUAAAUAUGAAUAUGAAGAAGAUUUUGAAGCAGAUGAGGAGCAACAGGCUGAGACAGCUAAUACAGAAGUACAGGCUGAUGAUCAAAUGAAUGGAGUAUCAAAGUCACCCUCAGAUGAUGAAAAAGAUAAUUUAGACCCUGAAAAGGAGAGCGAUAUCUUGUCACAGAGGGCACCUGAGAUUGAAGACAAUGUGAAAGAUGAGGAUAAUGGAUACUCAGAGAGCGAAUGGGAAGAGGAUAAAAAAGACACUAAAACGUCUUCAUCAGUCUCUUCUAUGAGUCAUCCCCUUUCUAGUGAGAGUGAAGACGAAUCUGCCGAACAUGAUCAAGAAACCCACACUACCAACGAAAGAGGCUACGAAAGUUCCGAUGAAGUUGAAAGUUCAUGUUCUCCAGAGCUGAGUGAAAAUGAUGAGCCAGGAAAACUCUACCGUCCAAUGAUGAAAAACUUCUUGGAAAAUGAAGUCAAAGACCAAAAAAUAAUAAAAACAAAUGUGAAGACCCAGCCUUUGUCAGCAGAUGAAAGCUAUAAAAAUGGUCUUGGAGAAGAAAUGGAGAAAACAGCCCAAGGGAUUACAGAGAAUUUAUCUAUGAAGUCCGGGAAACUAGCUUCUGCAAAACAAAAGGAAAAGAUUAUGAGUAAGGUUUGGGAAGCAACCACUGCUAAGGUGGACAGAAAGGCAGGUCACCCUGAGGUGGACGAAGGUGGUGAGUAUAGCCACUGAGCUGACUUGCCAUUGUCCUAUAGAAUGAGUCUUGGCUUAAGCACUAAGAAUUUCAUGGUGGCUGAAAGGGAAGCAGUCAACCCCAACAAGGAAACCAAACAAAUUACACCUGAUACACAUGCACAGAGAAUGAAAGAAACCAUGGAGGAAUGUGAAGCUUCCCAACUGGAGGAGGCAGGCACAGUGGAGGGAAAGGAAGAUGUAGCACUGUGGGAGAAGGCAGGGGUCACUGAGGAUUCCUUAGGGGAGCAGAACCCAAGAGCAGAGCAGACAGCAUUAGCAGAACAGUUUGCUCUGGGCCCAGCAAUUGAGACAGAGGCAGAAGCAGAAGGAGAUAAAAACCUGGGUAUAGAGGAGCAAAACUCCACAGCAGCAGCUUCAGCAAGCACCUCUGAAAAUCUGAGUGAAGACGAGUCUGAUGAAGAGCAGCCCUCAUUGCCAUUUGUUUUGGAGUCAGAGGAGGCAGAUUCUGAAGGGAUGCCGGGCUCAGAGGAGGCCUUUAUAACCAACCUAGCACUGAGCUCUGUGUCUCUUCAGGAGGAAGCAGCCCUGAGGGAAAGAGCGUCUCUGGAGAUGGGAGAGGCUGAGAGUGGGGAGGCUGAGAGAGAGGAUGGAUCUAAAAAACCAGGCGUGGCUGAAAGGGAUGAGGAAGUCCCCACAGAGUCAGAGAAUGUGGGAUCUGUAGAGAAUGCAGAGAGAGUGUCUGUAGGGAGUAGUUUUGAAUAUGCAAUGCUUGGUGGAGAAGAGCCAGCCAGAGAAAGGAAGGAAGAAAUGGAAACAAUAACACCCUUAAGUACCUCAACAGGAGAGAUAGAUACUUGGGAGAUGGACAUUUCAGAGAGCAGCUCUGAGGAGCUUAGUAGGGAAGGCACAGUGAAGCAGGAGCUUCAAACUGAGGCAGAAUCAAGUAGGGAAGAUAAUAGGCAAGAAAUGUUCCCUGAGGAAUUAAAGGUAGACAGAGAGAGACAAUCCACGCGGCCUAACACACCUCAGUGUGAAACUAGAUCUGAGAGAGAAGAGGUGACAAGAUCAAGUGCACUUAAGGAUGAAGACACUUUAAAAGAUGAGCAGAAACUGGAAGAGGAAGACAGAGCAACAGUCAAGGGAGUAAGAUCUGAGAAAGAGAAAAAAGGCUCUCACAAUAAAAUGGAAUCUCACACUGAGGAAUCAGGGUCUACAGAAGCAAUUGAGUUGACUGAAGAUACAGGGCUUCUGGAAGAUCCACUGAAAGAAAGAAUGGAAACCAUGUUUGAAGCAACUGGUGGAUUUGAAAAGUCACGGGAACAGGUAAUAGUUUUGAGCAAAGAAGAAGAAAGGCUAAGUGAAGUGAGAGAGACAGAGCAUAAAGACAGAACAGAGUUUCCAGGCCAGAAUGUGAUUCUGCCAGAGCAAGGGAAGGAGGUCCACUAUGGGAAGAGACCAUUAGGAACGCCUGAAAGUGAGCCAGCUGGCCAGGGACAGGCACCGGAAGCAACUAUUGCAGCCACAGGAAAAGCUGAUACAAGUGCAGCCAAAGAUCAAACCUGCCUUGAAAGACUGGAGAGGAGGGAUGAAGGAGGAACUGCACAAGGCCAUACAGGCCAGAAUGUGAUGGUUGUGAAAAUGACCCAGGAAGAUGUUCCUAAGGGAAGCCCCACAAUGGCAGGAAAGUUCAGGGGAGAAGCCAUGGAUGAGGUGUACAGGAAUUCCAAGUGCACUCUGGGGACUGGAGUAGGGAAAGACAGUAAUGUGGAGCGGAGCGACACCAUGAUGGAUGCAGAUGGAGACCAAGGAGUGGCAAAAACAGGCACCGAGAAGAGGAGCGUGUGGGUGGGUUCAAAGACAGCUGAGGGGGAAACAGUGGCAAAUCAACCCUCUUCCUUUUCAGAGGUUGCUGGAGAGAAACCUUGGCAAGCAGGGAAAGAGGCACUAAGAGAAACAGCAGCUGUGGAGACUGUGGCUACAGAGGAAAUAGCUCUGAGAAACGAGGAGGUGCCAGCAGAGGAGGAGGUGACAGUGACACCAACAGCGGACACUGGGAGGGGUCUGACUCAUCCAGAAGCUAAUUUUCUGAGUGGACAGAUACUUACUCAAGGGCAAGAUCAAGAAGGAGGGGGCACUCAGCACACAGGGUCAAUGGGAGAAGAGGCAGACAUGGAAAGCCCUUAUGAGAGGCAGGAAUCUGGAUCAACUGAAGAAUCCAGAAAAGGGUCCUCCCCAGAUAGGGAGUCAGAGCUGAGCAGAGUGAGGCUAGGGGCAGUGUUAACAAGUCCUAUGAAGCCUGGUUUCCCUGGAACCCAAGAGAAGCAAGAGGAUACAGUGCAAGAACAAAAUGAGCAUGCAGAUGUUUCUUGA